AAGUGCUGGAAUUACAGGUGUGAGCCACCAUGCUUGGCCUUCUUUUCUUUUUUGUUUUCAGAUUUCCUCCCUCAUUUUCUAUAAUAAUAACAGCAGACAUUAAUUGAGCUCAUAGUACAUGCCAGAUACUGUUCCAAGAACUUUUUAUAACUCUUCUAACUGUACACAAGAAGCCUACAAGGUGCUUCCUCGUGCCAGGGUGUCAUGGAAGGGCUGCUGACAAGAUGCAGAGCAUUGCCCGCCCUGGCCACCUGCGGCCACCAGCUCUCUGGGUUUGUUCCUCGUAGGUUUCACCACUGUGUCCCAGGAGGAAGGCGGCGUCUGCUGCUGUCUCGUGUGUUCCAGCCACAGAACCUUCGGGAAGACCAGGUGCUCUCCCUGGAGGGCAGAUCUGGGGACCUGACCUGUAAGAGCCAGCGGCUGAUGCUGCAGGUGGGCCUCAUCUACCCGGCAAGCCCCGGCUGUUACCACCUCCUGCCGUACACUGUUCGUGCCAUGGAGAAGCUCGUGCGAGUGAUAGACCAGGAGAUGCAGGCCAUCGGGGGCCAGAAAGUCAACAUGCCCAGCCUCAGCCCGGCAGAGCUCUGGCAAGCCACUAACCGGUGGGACUUGAUGGGCAAGGAGCUGUUGAGACUUAGAGACAGACAUGGCAAGGAGUACUGCUUAGGACCAACUCACGAGGAAGCCAUUACAGCCUUAAUUGCCUCCCAAAAGAAACUGUCCUACAAGCAGCUUCCCUUCCUGCUGUACCAAGUGACAAGGAAGUUUCGAGAUGAGCCCAGGCCCCGCUUUGGUCUUCUCCGCUGCCGAGAGUUUUACAUGAAGGAUAUGUACACUUUUGACUCCUCCCCAGAGGCUGCCCAGCAGACCUACAGCCUGGUGUGUGAUGCCUAUUGCAGCCUGUUCGACAGGUUAGGGCUGCGAUUUGUCAAGGUCCAGGCCGAUGUGGGCAGCAUCGGGGGCACAAUGUCUCAUGAGUUCCAGCUCCCAAUGGAUAUUGGAGAGGACCGGCUUGCCAUCUGUCCUAGCUGCAGCUUCUCAGCCAACGUGGAGACGCUAGGCGUGUCACAAAUGAACUGCCCUGCUUGCCAGGGCCCACUGACCGAAACCAAAGGCAUUGAGGUGGGGCACACAUUCUACCUGGGUACCAAGUACUCAUCCAUUUUCAAUGCCCAGUUUACCAAUGUCUACGGCAAACCAUCCCUGACUGAAAUGGGGUGCUACGGCUUGGGCGUGACCCGGAUCUUGGCUGCUGCCGUUGAAGUCCUCUCAACAGAAGACUGUGUCCGCUGGCCCAGCCUACUGGCCCCUUACCAAGCCUGCCUCAUCCCCCCGAAGAAGGGCAGUAAGGAGGAGGCGGCCUCCGAGCUCGCAGGGCAGCUGUACGACCACAUCACAGAGGCAGUGCCUCAGCUUCACGGGGAGGUGCUCCUGGACGACAGGACCCAUCUGACCAUCGGAAACAGACUGAAAGAUGCCAAUAAGUUUGGCUACCCCUUUGUGAUAAUCACUGGCAAGAGGGCCCUGGAGGACCCUGCACAUUUUGAGGUUUGGUGUCAGAACACUGGUGAGGUGGUCUUCCUCACCAAAGAUGGAGUCAUGGAUUUACUGACCCAAGUGCAGACCAUCUAAAUGUCCCCAGCCCACCCCUGCCCCCACCUUGCAGCCUUGGUGCUCAUUCUAACACUGCAUUUUCCUACCCCUUUCCUGGACUGCUCUCUCCGGGAACAGCACAGCUCAUGGAGGGUGAGAUCAUGUUAGGGAUGCCAAUUUUUAUCUAGUCAUUUUUUCAGCUUAUUUGUACUUUAAGUCAUUAACUUGAUCCCUUUCUUCAGACUGGCCAUGCUGCCCUAUACCUUUCCUUUUGUAUUCCAUUGUGGAAGCUUCUAGGAGGCUGAGAGGCAAGAGACCCAAGUUCCAGUCUUGGGCCUCUCAUAAAUCACAUGUAGGAUGAGACUGGCUGAUGGCUGAGGGUCCCACAACCUUCCCCACCAGCCGUCAGUUUGACCACGGGCCUUUUGCUACAUUCUGUCCAGAGGGCAGGCCUGCCAGCCCGCCUCCACCGAGAAGUUGGGCUGAGAGUGUGGGGAGAAGAAUCGAGAUCUGACUGCCACCAACCCACUGGUGACUUAGAUACAUCCCCCACCCCUGCUGGGGCCUCAGUUUCCCCAUCUGUAACUUGAGAAAAUGGAACUAGAUCUGUAACAUCCUUAUACAGGUCACUGGGGGGUUCCAUGAGAGGUUUGUGACAGACGGAUCUGGUUCCUCUGAUCCUCCAGUCAGAGGAACUGAUGGCCCAAAAGCUACCUCAAGAGACCUGGCCCCAUUAAGAUGGCUUAAGCACUGAGAUCAUGUUCUGCUGAUUGAAUAAAGUCAAACUAUUGGAAGGAGCCUUGCACAUUAAUUUGAAACAAGGAUAACAUCUGCCAUUUCAACGGUGCAACAGCUUCCUACUCUUUUCUUUUUUGACUGUUCCCACACACCCCCACCCCCCACAUAAAAAACCGGGUGGUUGGGAAAAUGUGGUUUAAACCAUCUCUUCCCACAAGUAUGGGGCACAGGCUUCAGCUGCCAUGGUGACCUUAUCCUAGGUGCAGAGUUGGAUCCUAGAGCCAUGAUGGGGUGAAUAUUAAGAGCUGGUCUCUGUGUCCUUCAUGUAGAAGCUGUGCUUUAAAAAAAAAAAAAAAAAAAAAAAAAAACUCCCCUCUGCCUGAAUUCCAUGGCAAACAGAGCAGGCUAGAACUACCUCAGCAAUGCCAAUGACUUUCAUUGCUCCUGCAUCCUAGAUUAGGAACAUAACCAAGUUCUCCAUCCGUGGCCCCUUAGGGUCUCUACAUGUCUGUAUCUGACAAGAAUCUAUCAAGACCAAGCUCAGCCAGCACCU